AUGCGGAUUCCCAAUCCCGAUCCUGUACUCAUCGUAUGCUUCUUACUAUGCAUCGUUUCUGUCGUCUCAUCAACAAAAGAGAAAUCAGAUCCAUGUCUGGAUAGAGAUGUUUUGCAUCCUUCCACUGUCGCUCAUAUCCAAUUUCCAUCGAAAUACGCGAAUCUGACACCGCCAUGGCAACGAGACGACGGGAGUCUGUCAAAGGUGAUCAGAAGCGAUGGAUUCAUCUUCCACUGGAGUUGGAUGAAAUCUUUAGAAGUGAAAGGGCUCGGAAAAACGAUCGACGAUGUUCUCAAUUUCCUAUCUACGAGUGAAUGUUUCUUCGUUCCCAUCGGACCUGCUGUUCGUCUUGCUGUUCUCGGACAACGGCCAGUGUUUUUGUCAGGAGAAGUUAGCUGUGAUCUUCGUGAGCUCUAUGAAAAGUGCGUUGCAAAGUACAGUCCUUUCAUGUGCUCUCUUUAUCCUUCGGGCGAUGAAGGCUAUGGAACAGUCCGUUUGGAAAUUGGAGAUUCGAGUCGAAACCAGUCUACGGAUAAAUUUAGAGCUGAACCUGUUGUUCUUCAUGAAUGGAGAUCAGUUCUUGGAGCGCCGAAAGAGAAAUGGAGGUUUACUGUAGACACGUUGGCAGCUUAUGAUGAUGGCUUUGGUAACAUGCUUGUCAUUGAUCCACUUGAGAAAGGAUACGAUCAUAUUUGCGAUAAAAAAUUGGUUCCAACUUCCGACGAUUGGGCUCUCUGGAGUCGAAAUCAACCAGUGAAAGUUCUUGGAUUCUUUGAACUACGAUCAAAUGGAUUCUCGGCCAAACACGAGUCGUUGCAAAAGUUUAUCAGCGAUGAAGUCAACGCUACAGACAAGCGGGUCGUUCAGAAGUUUUAUUGCGAGAACGUAUUGAAGGGAGUCGCCAAUUUGGAGGGAACCACUCCAGUCUGCCAUACAAAAUAUCCAGAUAGAAAAUCAGUUGAAAAUAUAGCUGAAAUCAGAACAGUUAUGAUUCAAGAGCUCGGUUCCGUUUGGAAAGAUUCUGUCGAAAAAGCUGCCGAAGAGUUGGAAGCGGUCUUCUGCACUGAUCGUCAAUUCGUUGAUAUACGAUCACGCCUACUCCACAAAAUUCCGAGCCGACACGACAGUGAGCGUCUCCCAGAAGAACCAAAAAUCAUUGAAGAAGGAAGACCGAUGAUAAACGAUAGCUCUCAGAUCCACGCUCGUCCUAUUCUGGAUAUGAAUGCUGAACCACCGAUUCUCCCACCGGAUUAUCCAAACUCACCACACGCUCGACCAGAUGAAAACUUGGAAAUGAAUACUCGCAUCAGAAAAAUACGAUGGCCGAGGAGGACGAUGACGAUCAACAAAUUGAUCUUGAAACUAGCCCACAUCAAAUUGGAAAACCUGUGGAAGCUGACACUGGAAUCGACUAUACCCAUCACAACACAAUAA